AUGCCUAGUAGAGGUCCUACUCUGAUCAACCUCCCUCCUCCACCCUCAGACCCGGCCACCCCCAGCGAAAUGGGUCCCGGCACCCCCAAUUCCACCACCACGUCACUCUCCGCACUGUCUGUGGUUGCGAUCAAAGACGGCGCCAUCGGCCACGGUGGUCGAGGUGCCGCAUCCUCAGCAAACACGCUUGAAGCCGAACGCGCCGACCGUAUCUCUCGUCUCGCAGGUCUCGAACGAGUUGCUACAUCUCGACCGACACCUAUCGGACACCUGGCUCCUGGCUCAGGCCCAGCCUCUGGUGCAGGGUUUGACAAUGUGCCACAGCUCAAAGAGCGGAGUACGGUCGGUAGCGCGAGCGCAACAGGUAGUGUCGGCGGUAGAACAACGUGGGCCAGUGGGAGUAUUGACUACGACGCAGACAAAAUGAGCGAAGACCAAGAUGACGGAGUAUCAAGCACGGGCGGGUUCAGUGACGAGGAUAAGGCAAGUCUGGUUGGCUUUGGUGAGGGCGCAGGCAGCACAGUGAGCGGCCCGGUGUCCACACCGCACAAUACUCGAGCGUCCGUCUCUCGACAGAGUACGACCGUCAACGCACCGUCGACUCCUCGCACAGGGACCUUUCCGGCCGUCGACUCAGGCCAGAGCACCCCUAUGAGUGGCAUUACCCCCAGUGCAGCGGCUGGAAGCACCGAUCCGAGAAUGAUGGACGGGAUGAGCUAUGAUCAGAACUUCAUUGAUACGACCAUGCAACCUGGCCCAUUGGUCGAUCAGUUACCUCGAGAGAGUCGAUUUUCGGGUGUAGGAACCGAAGUCGCCGAAGGGAUCCUACGCGAUAGGCUUCAAGAUCUGGAACAAAACCAGUAUCCCAUGGGAAGAGGCGACAGUCAAACGUUGGGCAAAUUCCCUUUUGAGAGGGAAUAA